AUGAGUUAUGCUCUUCUUUCAGUAAAUGUUCCAUCAAAUAACUUAAACAAUAUAAAUAAUUUAAAUCUAAGUUAUAAUUAUCAAUAUUCUUCUAUCAGUGACAAUGAAUUAAUUACACUUUCUGAAAAUGAAACUGAUUAUAAUGUAUCAGAUAUUGAACAAUAUAAUCAAGAAGAAGGAAUUAAAAAUACUCCUAUUAGUAAAUCAUAUUUAUGUAGUAAAGAUUCGUAUGGUAUUACAAAAAAAGAAUAUUCAUGUUUAAGUGCACUGGCUUAUGCUAAAGAUCUAAAUGAAAGUGAUGAUACAAAAAAAUAUUAUAACUAUCUUCAAAAGAAGUCAUGGAAUAUUAAAUUACAUGUAAAAGGAACAUUACAUUAUUUAGUAGGAUAUAACAAGAAAAAUAAUGUUAAAGUUAUUGCAUUUAGAGGAACAUAUUCAUUCAAAGAUUGUAUUUAUGACAUUCAAUUGUUUACAGAAUCUUCAGUUCCGACAUUAGCAGCAAUAGUACCUUAUUUCACAAAACAAACUCUUUCAAAAGUAAGUUAUGCAUUAUCAUUUGUUGGUUCAAAAUUAACAACACAUGAACUUAUUGAAUUAGCAGAGAAUGUAGUAAAAGAAGAAACGAUUAACAAUUCAGAAAUUCCAAUUAUAUUAACUGGACAUUCACUUGGUGGUGGAAUGGCAAAUAUUCUUGGAAGUAAGAUGGGACUAGUAUCAUUUGGUGUAUCUCCUCCUGGAACAUAUUUAGGAAGAAAGAGUUUUGAAAUGAACCAAAAAGAUAUUACUAAAUAUGCACAAGCUAUAAUACCUGAAAGAGAUCUUGUCUCAUCACUUGGAAUGAGUGGUGGUUCACAAAUUCACAUUCCUUGUUAUGAACAUACUUUAGAUUGUCAUGGUAUUGAUAAUUCAAUUUGUGUCAUUGGUGCAUUAUGUCAUGAUACAGAACUUUCAUCAUUGUGUCAUGAGAAAUGGAAAAAAUGGAAUUUAAGUAUUUCUUCAUGA